AGUAAUAUUUCGAGGUUUUAGUAUUUUAUGGAAAUUAGCAGGUGCCAUGUCAGGAUUUGUAUUUGUCUAACUUGUGAAUCGAUCUUUUUUUUUCCUACUUAGUCAUGAAAGCCAGAGUGAAGAGGCAGUCUUUAAACAUCUUUUGCAUUAUAGUUCUAAUUAAUGUUUUUGAUUGUAAAAGUGUUAAUUAUUCUAAAAGUGGAGCUACUUCCACAUGAAAACUAGAUUAUAUAUGUUAAUUUAGUAAUUAUCACUAAAAUGAAAACAUUUGGAUAUAAUAGUUUAACCAGUUGGUUAGUACUGGCAGCUUGUUUUAUGAUAGGCUUUUUCAUUGGAUUGCCCAUGCGUUUAGCUGGAAUAUUCUAUGUGAUUCUUCGAAAUGGAUUUCAAACAGAAAGAUCAAAGGCAUCACUGCCUAUAGUCACGUAUGGUGUCUUGCGAACAUUUACAGGUCCCUUUACUGCAUUUCUGGGAGAAACAUUUGGAUUUCGAGCUAUUACUUUGACUGGAUGUAUUCUUGGUGCUGUCGGGGUAGGUAGUUGCUAUUUUGCCGAGAAUAUUACAGCAGCUACUUUUUGCCUUGGUCUCAUCUACGGCUGUGGAUUAGCUUUUGGUAAUACCCUAAUACAGACCAUUUUAAAGCUUCAUUUCACUCAACACAUCAAUCUCGUAAAUGGCAUUGUUCUAACGGGAUCAUGUGUAGGAGCUAUAAUCAUGUCACCGGUGAUUACUUACUUAGACAGUGCAUAUGGUACGAAAGGAAUGUUUUUGAUUUUGGGUGGACUAUUUUUAAAUACCAUUCCUGCUGCUAUCCUCUUAAAGCAUCCACAUAAUGAACGCAGAAUUGUGAAAGAGUCAAUUGUAUUCUCUAAUCAAAACACGUGUCAUCAAAAUCCUGCGUUUGUAUUGGAUGAAGAAGACCAACACAAAAUUGAUAGUACUCAACAAAUACCGAAAGAUCAUUUGAUAAUACAAAAAAAUGAUGCUUCAAAUAAAGUUCAAAAUGUAAUAUGUGUAAAUGGAGAGGCAGAUAAUAAAAACAAGGAAAAUUCCGAUCGGAUGGCAACGAAAUCCUUAGAAACAGAUGACACUCAGCAGUAUUUUCAACCAAAGACGAAAUCUAAGCCUGAUUCUGAUGUUCAACUCGUGCGAUAUACUGAAAGAAAACCUUCCGUUAAAAACACUGAGCAUGAAAAUGGAUUUAUGCAUGAAAAAGAUCUAGCAAACAAAAUUAGUCAACCGAAGGAGAGUACAAAAAGCAAAAACAAACUAUCCUGGGAAUCUUUUCGAGUGUUCUUAGAUCCUACAUUCCAUUUCAUAAUGUUUGUGCAAAGUGUUUUCGCAUUCCUUACAACCCUAAACUGGACUAUUAUAGUUGAUUAUGCUCGAGAUAAGGGAAUAUCCAACGAACUGUCUGUUUACUUCGCCAUGUUUAUCCCGCUUGCUGAAAUUGUGGGUAAUUUGAGUCUGAACUGGAUUACUGAUGGUCAUUUUAUGACAAGAACGAAUUUUAGUUUAACUUGCUUUCUAAUAUUACUGUUAGAUGCUGGCUAUAUAAUAUGGACUAAUGACUUUGCAUUGAUGAUGGUUGGAGUUAUAAUCUUUGGUUACGUAUCCGGAGCACUUAGCACAACAUUUCCAGGACUAAUUUUUGAAUAUAUAGAACAAGAGCAUCAAAAUAUGGCUCUAGCUUCUCGAUUCUUUCUUUAUGCGUUUCUCUGUAUAUUGAAAACUCCCAUAAUAGGAUACUUUCGAGAAACUUUGGGAUCCUAUAACUGGGUAUAUGUCAUAAUAAUUUCUUGCUGUUUUGCAUGUAGUGUACUUGUAAAGCUCACGCCAGUUCUAGCAUCAUGUAGAAACAGGAAGAAACAGUCAAAGGAGUGCACGUGACCUAUCGAUGCUGAGAUGAUCUCAGUCAUAGAUAAUUAGGCAUAAGAUUCAACUCAUCUUAUGCUCCAUUUUCAAGACUUGCCUGACGUGAAUAAAAAGAAACAAAAGUGAUUUGAAAUAGAAAUGUAAAGUUUCUAACAGAAAAUGGAAAAAGAAAGAUGAGAAAACCAUAAAAAAUAAAGAUGAAACCAGAAAGUAUAACAACCAAAGUAAAGGAACAAUGCUAUGGCAAUCCCAUCUCCCGGGAUAGUUCCAUGUUAAAAUAUACUUUUUAUAAUAAUUUUAUUUGUUCCAUUUUUAUAAAAUGAAACAAUUAUUUAAUUAAACUUCUAGAAUACUCAUUUCAAUAUAUUUAUUUUAUUUUUAUUGUUUGCUUAUAACAUCACAUGA